AUGCACGCGGUCGCGUCCCCGACGACGAAGGCUCUCGCGCGGUCGCCGCGUCCCCGCGCGCGCCGUCGCGUCGUCGCCGCGACCGCGCGCCGCGGCGCGGACGAACCCGCCGGCGUCCGCCGUCGCGACGCGCUCGCGGUCGCGGUCGCGCUUCCGAUAUCGGCGAUAUCGACCAUCGCGUCGUCCCCCGACGCGUCAAACGCGGCGUACGAGACGUCAACGUCGUCGUCCCCGGGCGGCGGCGGCGACGGCGGUCCGUCGUCCUCCGCCGCGACCGCGAGCGAGCUGUCUGUCUACAGACGUUCGUUCAGAGAGCGUUUCGAGACGUCCAUAAGCUCCGGCACGCACGACUACAGCUUUAAGUACCCGAAGGAGUCGUGGAAGCCGGACAUCGUCUCCCUGAACGACGGCAAACUCUACGGCGUCGACUUGCGCUUCUCGUCCCCGACCGAGGGCAAGCUCUGCACGCACGUCCUGCCGUUCGUGGACAAGGACUCGCUCAAAGACGUCGGCUCGCCGGAAGUCGCGCUCGAUCGCUUCGUAGAGUUGAUCGGCGCGUUCUGGGAUGAAAACGGCUUCGGCGUCCCGGGCGGCGCCGCCGGCACGGUGAAGAGCACGAAGACGGUCGUCAAGGACGGCGUGAUGUACUACGAGUACGAGCUCACGAAGCCGCAUAACUUGAUCUCCGCGGCGGUGACGGACGGACAGCUGUACGUGAUCAACGCGAGCGCGGGGAACGAGCGGCAGUGGGCGAGCGGGGAGGCGAACUUGCGAGGCAUCGUCGGGUCGUUUUACGUCCCGCCUUGA